AGGCUCCUUUAAAAACCAAGAGAGAAUAUAAGAAAGAAAAAAAUAAUUUUUCAUUUGUACCCGAUGGUUGUUUUUUUUUUUUUUUAAAUCUGUUUGCAAAUGUUCACUGUAAUGGUUUGAAACCCAGUCGUGUCAUUUCUUUACGCCCACACAGAGCUGCAGUAGUGCAGACACUGUAACAGGCAAACCAUAUUACCAGCAACAGCCAUUAAAACUCUUCCCACGCCAAGCAUGGGCUGAAAUCACCCCCACCUCCACACACCCCACUGCAAAACCUUCAAUGAUCAGUUUAAAAAAAAAAAGAAAAUUGAAAAAGGAAACAGGAUGCUUCUUUUGUUUCAACGCUAUUCCAGAGAGACCUGUACCACUCCACCUGCCUAUGGACUGACCGCCUAAAGCAGAAGUGCGCAGUCAGCACCCUGGUGCAGGUACUCAGAACUUCACAGGAUCAGAUCUCUUGAAGAACAACUGAAGAGCUGAAGUCAAAUACGAGGCAUUGGGGGAUGAUUUCAGCUUCAGGCAAUGAGAUAACUAAACUGGAUAACAUAUAACCUUUGAAAUGGAGGCACAGAGGCAACCCCAUUCCACAGUUGCACUAGCUGAUCAACCAGUUAAAGUCUCAUCUCUUCAGGCUGCACAGGGUUCAUCAAGUAUCAGACAGAGUCCUGUGAUUUUUCAGCAGGAACAAGCCCUGCCUCAGACUAUAUACCUGAAAGCCCUUACCAUACCACUAUAUCAUCCUAUCCAGUCAGGAUGCUAUCAAUCAAACAACCAGUUAGCAGCUGGUGGAAGCAGCAUAAAUUUAGACAGCAGUAAUAUGCCUUUAAUCCUAAACCCACUUCUGCAUUCAGAGAGGACAGAUCAGCUUCAGUCAGUUGCUCAGAAACAAGCAGGGCAAACUUUGACAUUAAACAUAGUUAGUUCACCGGUUUUACCAUCAAGUUCCUGUCCAAAUGCACCUGUUGGAAGCCCAGGGAAAUUCAAAAAUGCCGGGAAGUACAUCUGUAAACACUGUGGACGAGAUUGCCUGAAGCCAAGUGUCCUUGAGAAACAUAUUCGCUCACACACAGGUGAGAGGCCCUUUCCCUGCACCACCUGUGGUAUUGCAUUUAAAACUCAAAGCAAUUUGUAUAAACACAGAAGAACCCAAACACAUGUCAACAAUACCAAGCUGCCCUCAGGGUCUGACAACAGUGGCAUAUUAGAGGAGAAUGAGAAGGCAACAGACAGCAUCAUAUCACAUCAGGGUGCAAAACGAGACAACAAUGUCUGUGAAAAGCAGGGGCCAGGGAUUAAACAAAUAAUUUCAGAAACCAGUACCACAGUGGACACUAAAAAAUUUCCAUCCAUUAUUUCACUGCCAACACUGAACGCUUUAUCGCUUACAUCAGAAAGUCAGAAGAUAACAAUUGAUGAUUCCUACUGGCCAGAGGCAAGUCAGGGUGCUUCUGAAAGAGAACUAAUGCAAGAUCCCCAAAACCUAUCUUCUCUAGUAGUUUUGCCAGACAGCGUACACCAGAGAAAGAUGAUACAGGAGCAAAGAUUCUCAACAGCAAAUAAACAUAUUCAGUUGCAAAGGCAGCAAGCAACUUAUUCAGAUAAGCAAUGGGACUGCAAACCAUCUGACUAUAAGCUGAAGAAGUGUGAGAGCACUGAUUCUGGAUAUCUGUCACGCUCUGAUAGUACAGAACAACAGAUGCUGACCUCCAGCCCCCUGCAUAGUCUUUGUGAACAAAGCACAGAGCUGGAAAAUGAAACUGCCUUCAGUGGCUUAAGGUGCAUGGCAGGAAGUAGUGCAAAACUGGAUUCAGCUGAGAAAGCAACAGCCUUGAUGCUAGAGAAAAAGAAGCUGGAAGAGCAUAUCUCAAAACUGAUCUCUCAUAACAAAGCUGUGGUGGAUGAUACCCAAUUAGACAACGUUAGACCCAGAAAAACAGUGCUUUCCAAGCAGGGCAGUAUUGAUCUGCCAAUGCCUUACACAUACAAAGACUCCUUCCAUUUUGACAUCAGAUCUCUUGAUGUAAACAGGAAAAAGAAUCUUUCCCUUUGUUCAGCAAAAUCUACCUUUACACCCAUAGAAAAAUCCAAGCCAUUGUUUUUUCAUUCAGUCCCCACGCAAUUCUCGACAACAAUAGACUGUGUGCCUGUCACAAGAAGCAACUCUUUGCCAUUUGUAGAGAGCACAAGAAUGGCACACGACAGAGUGGGUAGCUCAAAUCUACCAUCUCUCACUAGGCAGCCCCUGAAUACGGGCUCUUCUAGUUUGUUGCAUAGCAACAACCUUGCUACAAGUUCAGUGGAUUUUCCUAACAGCCAUCCCCGUGCACUUGUCAGACAAACAGCAGUGGAUGAUUUGCCACUAAGUAAUGCAGUCUAUGAUUAUUCUCCCUUUGAGGAGAUGAAAGAAACUAAAAAGCCUGGAGCUGGGGGAGAAGGAGUGAACGCUAAAUGUAAGAAGUCAACUCAAAGGAAAUUAAAAAUGUUCUCUCAGGAAAAAUGGCAGAUGUAUGGUGACGAAACAUUCAAGAAAAUCUACCAAAAAAUGAAAAGCAGUCAAACUGCCAAGAAACUGAAUCAAAGGGGGAAAAAUGCAACAGACAAUAUAGGCUUCACCCCUGAUCCAAAGGAAGCAGCCAAUGGUGAUGGAGUUAUUCAGCCAAAAUAUGGGAGGAGCUCUUUAAGCGGGAAUCUUUCCUCCCCUGUGACCAUUUCUAACACAGAAUUAAACACUGUGAAAUCAAAAACCUGUCCCAUUGGUAAUCGUGUACUGCAUGGUGUUUCCUCAGAAGAGGAUGCAGGCAGAUUUACAGAACUAAUGGAAAUGGCACAUUCAGUAAAUGCUGGUGAACAGAGUGUAAUAUGCAAAACUUCCCCAAAACAUGGCUGCAGCAACAAACAUAGUUCAGAUAAAUAUACAGGUGGCAAUAACAUGUUACUGGCUGUAAGCAGUCAUGAAACGAGGCUUCAACUUAAGCAGAGAGCUAGUCAAUUAAACUCUAACAUGCUGAACACUGAUAGUCUGCAAAUGCAUAAUAGUCAAUUGGAAGAGUCACAUCCUGGGAGCGAAUCCAAUACCCUCAUAUUAGAUAGUGAAAAUAUUUUUAAAAGUGAUGGAGAAAACCACAGUAGUAAAGAAUCUUCUCAACAUGCACAGAUGGCCUUAAGGGCACACAACUGCAGCAGUGGUGAAUCUACACAGGAAUUCCAAAAGCUACCAUCAGAGAGAAAAAAACUGAAAGUCGAUGAGCUGAAGAGCAGAGAUAAUGCAGCUCUAAAAUCCAGUCCCAGCUCCAGUAGCGAAAAUAACACAGUAGGUGAAACAGUGAAAUUGAUAGACUGUUAUAGUGUACAUGCCGUCUCCCUAGCAUUAGUUAAACAGUCAGCUAAAGACGGAGAGCAGAAUUCAAGCACAGACAUGAAUGAAUCAAUCAGCAGUGCUGAAGGCAUGGAAUAUGAGAAAACAAUGAAACUCCACAUAGAACCCAUAUAUGAUAGUGAUAAUACUGCUAACCUUCUUCCACAAUCAGCAAAGGUCUCAACAGCUUCACUUUCUGAAUUUCUGGUGCCUGAGUUAAAGAGAGAUAAUUGUAGUUCUUUUGCCUUAAGUAAGGUGACAGAUACAGGAGCCAAAACAUGUCCUGUGACAGCAGGAGCAAGAGUGUCACUGCAUAGUGGUGAUGAUGCUGGCAUAUCUUCCACUACUCAAAAUCUGGAGUUUGGUCAGGUAACUCCAUCUCUAAAGAAAAAUGCAUUUUCUCCAAAGUACAUCCUUAAAUUACCGCAAGAAGAGAGUACUACAGACCUGUCACUUUUAGUGGAACCAGGGCAGGAAAGCAUGCCUGGUAUUUCUCUACCUGUUCCGAUAACCAAAACUUCCUGCACUAUCAACAGUAGGACAGUCAGUGUUGAUUCUGGUGAUGUGUUUUUGUCCCCUUUAGAAUUUGAACUGAGACACCAGGCCCGAGCAGUAGGGCUCAGAUGGGGUGUACAUACAAACUGGAAGGCUCUGGUACCUUGUUCACCAGUCAACUCAAGAACAACUAACAUCCCAACCAAGAUAGAUGACAGCUUUCAGAACCAAAGCUGCAGGCAGAAGGAAAUAAUCAAAGACACCUGGAAAGAGACUAAGCAUAAAGAUAACUUAAGUGAUCGAAUGCAAGCAGACGAGAAGUGGAUAAGUACAACUGUUUGCUCUGCACAAACCACAGAGAAGAAAGUAUGCUUUACUUCUAUGUAUACAGGUGGCUUUUUCAUAUCUGCCGACAUCAAAGGAGAGAAUCAGGUCUUACGCCACCUUCGCUCAGGAAAUAACUCUUUAAUAAUGACAUCUUCAUCAGGCAAAGGGGCAACCUCUAGCGGGGACACUGAACAGACAAUCAUGGGAUGGGACACAGAUGGUAGCUCUUCAGGCAUCCUUAAGGACACUUCACCAGGGUUGCAGGAUUUACAGUAUUCUGUGUGUUCAGUGGACAAUUCAAAUUAUUUUUGCCAUUCCUUUGGCACGUUUUAUUGCCACACCCUCAGUACUCAAUGUAAGGAACUCCCUGCACUGUCCCAAAUCAGUUUGACUUGUCUCUCGGGAAACUCAAGGAUCUCAAGCACAAAGGGCUCCUUCCCAUCACUAAAUGCUGAGCCUCAAUUAACUUGGUGUUGUUUAACCAGAAGCCUUCCUCUACCUGCCGAGCAAAAGGAGAAGGCCGACUCUGCUUACUCUUCCUUGCACAUCUGUAAGAAAAAUUCUGGUAGUGAAGGCACAUUGUCAAAAUGUGACUUUUCUUUUAUCAAAAUGAAAAAUAUUAGCAAGACUGUGUCCUAUGGCUUGACCACUGGGAAUUUAAAAACAGUGGUUUCAUCCUUUUCACAGGGAGAGCAGCUACAGAAGGUAAUGUUGUGAAUCCUAUUUCCUAUUUCAGAACAGGGGCACAGUUCUCCAAGAUUACUCUUUAAUUAGAAAGAAUAGGAGAGUGAAGGUUAGGGGGCAUAUUAUUCCAGCGUACAUAUAAAUCCUAUUCUGUCCCAGAUUAUUGAGAGCCUUGAAUUAAUCUACUUUAACAAAAAAGUGCCUAAUUUUUUCUCCCAAAAUAUGCAUGUGUGGGCACACACAGGUGACUAUAGAUAUAAAAUACCGAGGUACAUAUGCAAACUGCACAUAGCUGCUCAUUUCGUGAACAGAACUUGCAUAUUUUAUGGAAAUAAGCAUGUCCUAUUGCAUGGAAAUUUGGCCAGAAAAUUUGCUUAUCCAGAAAAGCAUGCUUUAACUUUAUUGUAACUUGAAUUUUAUAGUCUUUGGAUUCCUCUAUUCCAGCAUGUGCUUUUUUCUGUUUUCAUUUUAAAUUAUUAUUUGUAUUAUAGUAGCCCUUAGGAGCCAGAGUUGAGGGUCAAGGGACCCAUUGUGCUAGGUGCUUUACAAACAAGUAAAAAGGACAGCCCCUGUACCAGAAUCUGUUUUGCUUUACACUUGAAGUAAUAGUGAAAAUCUUUCAUGAGGAUGGACUCACAUCUUAACAGAGACACUUGUGUUCAUACUUUAUAAAAUGUUUUUAAGAUUUUGAAGGAUAUUUUUAGUUUAAGAGUAACUAAUCAGUUCAAGAGAUUUACAGCUCCUGGAACAAUGUCUAAGGUGAACGUCAACCUCACACCCAGCAGGGCAGUACUGGAGCACAUACAUUAUUUUUGCAUCGGCCCAGAAAAAUAUUAAACUUGUUUUAUUUUUAAUUUUAUGGUUAAUAUUCAGGUAGUGAUGAAUUUAAACACACAACAUAUAAAUACUUUUUUAAAUACAGAAGGAAUUUGUUACCAAAGAUCAUUAUUACACUGUUAAAUGUAGGAUUUACACUAUUUGACAACAUUCUGUUAAUCUAAUCAGUUAAUUUCUGUAACUCACUCAGAAAUGUUCAUGUGCUUUGAAAUGCACAAGUAUAAUCUUCUCACUAUUCUCAACAGUCCAGUUCAAAGGCUGGAGGAAGUGGAGCUUCAGAAAAUAUUGCAGAGCGAGAGAAGAAAGAAAUACUUUGCAGAAGGGAAACAUUCACAACAAAUAAAUCCAAGAGGAGUCAUAAACAGAAAAAAAUGAAAAUCAACCCAAAAUGGUCCAAAGGGAACCACAUGCACGGAUACAGUCAGUUGAAAACUAACAAGCUGAGCAAGCAACACUGGCUUCCAAACAGGACACUAGAUUCUCUGAAAAAGCAUCAGCUGCUCCACACACAUGAUAGCCUUAAUCAAUGCGAGAAAUGCCACUCUCCUGCGUCAAAAUUGCAAGAUAAUUAUCUCCCGCAGCAGGAGGAGCUAUCUUGCCCCACCUCAGAUAAGCCAGUGUCCAAAGGGAAUAUUCAUAAGAAAGAAGACAGGAAUCACAAAAAUAACUCAGGAAUAUUUUCACCAGCUGGGCAUCCAAGCAAAUUCAGGCAAAAAGGCAAACUGGAUGGAAAAGAUGUUACUAGACCAACUGAGAAACACUCAAGAGGCAAUUUCUUUCUUCAGAACUUUAAUGCAACUCCAGGAUUACCUAUGGUAACAUACUCGUGUUCAUCACCAGCUAAAGCAGCCAUGCGAGAAACAAACAAUGACCUGAACAUCUGCUGUUUAAUGGCUCAACCUCUCAUGCUUCAGAAAUCAUUUCCAGUGGAGCCACAGCCAAAUGCUCAUUCUGACCCUGUGGAGUCCUCUUUUUGGUCUUUUCCUUUUGAUUUUGUAGGCACUGGCACAUGCUGCCAGCAUGUGAGUAUGGGUUCAGAGGUUACUGCUCCUUUUUUCUUAUGUCCAGAAGCUAACCACAAAAAUAUACUCAAUGUAGAGUCACAAGGUCAAACUUUUACUGCAUUAUACCCAUUGGUCCAGACCUCAGAAAAGGAGGAACAUCCAAUGGAAGGAAAUUCUUACUCAGCUCUGAAGGACAAACUUAAUCCUAGUUCCAAAACUGUGUGUUCAGCUUCAUUGGGAUCAAAGGUAAACACCCUUCCUGAGACAUCAAUUGCAAGUACUAGCUUACCUAGCACAGCUAAUAUACAGGGGAUAAACUCUUCUGAUAGCAGUCCUCAUGGAUGCGUGGACAAGAAUGGAGCCUACUUACAAUCAGAUGGCCAUGGAACACUUAAUGAAACUGGCACUAAUACUUUUAAAGAGCCCUCAUUUCCCUUCAGUCCCACAGAGUCCACAGCUAGCUCUGAAACACCUUCCAAAACGUACAAAAAAAGAGGUUUAGAGAUGAUAAGGAAACAAACCCGAGUGGAAUACGCUGACACAAGCAGUGACGAUGAAGACAGGCUAGUUAUAGAAAUAUAGCAAACAGGACACUGCCACAGCAGAUGGAUGUAUGAUGGUGCAUUAUAGAGAGAAAUGCCUUGGAAAUUGCAGAUCAUUGAUCUGCCUUUUUGAAGCACCUUAACAUCAGAAUAGCCAUUCCUGCACAGUAUAGGCAAAGUUCUCUUCUAAGAACAACCGUUCUUCUUUGCAAGGACUCAGGCUUCUUUUACAUAUUUUAAUGCUUUUGUAUGGAGCAAGGAAGCAGUUAAAUUAUAUAUUUAAAUGCACAAGGUGGUUCCCAACUGCACUAAACCUCAUCAAUCCCACAUAACACCCACAAUCCCCAGUUCACAGAGACUGUAUUAUAAAGACACUGCAGUGUAUUUGUUUACCAAUAAUGAUAAAACAGCUAUCAGCCUCCUUAAUGCAUAAGUUGAGGUGUAGAUUGUAACAAACCAUUGGGUAUAUUUUCAUCCCUGUGCUACCCUUUUUAGUAAUUAUUUCCAGCUUUGCUGGAAGUUAUGUAUGUACAUUGGGAGGAAGAUAUAUCCCCCAUGUAUCUAUGAUAUUGAGAGAUGUCACACAAAUACUGACUUUUUCCAUGUUGUACAAUGGUCAAUGCUUCUUUGUGACAAAAUGACACAAGCAUGCCCUGCUUUGUGUUUUGUGCCUUUUCUGCUGAGAUCUACUGAAAUAUUUUAUUCUUUAGCUCUACUUUGAGAAAUUGGGGUGUAAAUAGGUAAUGUCAAUGUUUCUUUGUAAUGAGAUUUUUAACACAGAGAUUUUCUCUGAUUCCGUUUUUCGGAUUGUGCUCUAAAAGCAAGUUACACUGUUUUGUUUUAUUUUGUUCUGAAGUUUAGCCCAAAUGUAAAUCAACUUCUGCUUUGAAACCCCAAAUUUACUUUGUUUACAUGAAAACAUCUCCAGUCAGUAAAAUACCAGAUACACUUACCAUUCACUAGAAAGCUAGUUUAAACUGACAGAGAAAGUUUGAAAUCAUUGCACUGCUGUACUAGAGUCAGAUUUUAUACUUACCUUUGCUGUGAGUUUUUGUAUGAUUUGGACUGAUAUACAGGAUUUUAUGGAUUAACUUUCAUUUGAUAGUCAUAAUUGCAUGUACUUUAAGGAAAGAAUAAUCAUGCAAUCAUGCACAAGUGAGACUGUAUGGGUCCUAGUCAUAAAUAGGUCUAGUGUACUAUCUAUGUAUGUCAGAGAAACAUAUGCAUAUUGUAAGAAGUGAAUGAGAAGUGCCAGAAUGACAACCCUUCUGUGGACACACACAAAUGGAACCAAAUGCUAAGCUCUAUGUCAUCCCUUUACACUCAUAUGCAUUAUGAAAGUGACCAUAGUUCCAAUUUGCCCUGCAGAGAGCUUUUUAUUUAGCAUCAAAUUAUGUUGGUAUAUAUUUUUACUGUUAGGGAAAUUGAUAUCAUGAUCAGAGUGCUAUACUGAUUUCUAAUUAUAAAUGCUAGUGCCGUUGUGUUGAAAAAGGUUAAUGGGGUUAGCAGGAUUUUUUCUUUGUCAGCAGUAAAGCACACAGAAUAAAGAAUAACCUACAAAGUCUUUAUUUGUUCCUUAUAAAAAUACUAUGAUAAUCAUUUCCAAAAUCAGAGAGAUUUCAGUAGGGUUCCUACAGGAUUUGGGAUCAUGAUUGCAUGGAAGAAUGGAUGUAUUGCUUUACUAAAAAUGAGCAUUAGCUAUCUUCCCCUUUUACUUCUGUGAAAUCCUGGGACCUUAUUCUGAUCUCACUUCUUAUAUGCUGGUUUUAUAACACUAGCAUUAACUCCAUACACUUUAGAAGAGUUAGUUUCUGAUUUUCAGGAGUGUAAAUGAAAUCAGAAUUAUGCCUUUAUAAGCUUAUAGGUCAGAGACGAAGUGGAUAGUGGAGCCCUAUUCUGUAAAUAAACUUUAUGCAAAACUGCUCUUAAUUUCAAUGGGAUUUCCAUGUAUGGAACAGGGACAUGAGAAGGCCAAAUAGUGUAUUAAGCUGGGAAGGUUUAUACUAAAGACUAGCAAAUAUGGGUAUGAAAUUCCUGUUUUGGGAAGUUAAGUAGCAUGAAAGGUAUGAACACUGGGGGACUUGCUGGCCAUGUAAGUUGCAUAUUGUAAUUGCAUAUUUUUGUUGAAUAUGCAAUAUAUAGUACCUGAAAUACUAUUUGUUUGUUGAAUGUUGAUAAGAAUGAUACAACUGACUUAUUUGUAUAUUUUUUAAAAAAAAAUUCUGUUCCUUUAUAUUCUUAACUUAUUUUGUUUUAAUAAAAAUUAAACUUGAAGGUCACAAUGACACUAAGAAUGUGGUAGUUAUUAGGGUUUGGUUUUUAAAAAUGCAAGUGCACCAUAGGGUGAAUGUGGGAGGUAAUCCAGGGGUGCUCACCAGAUACAGUACAAUCCUGCCAUUCUGCAGUGAUGCCUUUCCCUGAAUUAUACAAUAGGAAUACAACUGAUCAGCUGCAAAUUUCUUUUGCUAGUAAAUAUAAAACAGGAAAAUUUUCUAUUCACCUAUCAAGAAAAAUAUUAUGAUUGCAUUAAUUUUUAGAUUAAACAUAAAAUGUGUUGUCCAGAGGAGAACAUUUCCAGUCUCUAGAGUUAAACCAGUUACACCAGCAGUGAAUUUGGGAACAGAAUCCCAUAUUAAAAAUAGUCAUAAAUAUCACUGAAGUGAUAUAAAAUAAAACUGAAUUUACCUCUUAAAACAGAUUCUUUAAAUGACUGACAGGUUAUAAUGUAUGCUCAGGACUCAGAUCAUAUAAGAUUUCUUCUGUGCAUAUAAACCAAGUAAGAGGAAUGGAGACUUUCUACUCAAUCUUAAUACCCACUCAAGGUUUUAAAAGAACACCUUUAGGAAAGAAGCUAUUAUAGUGUGGGAAAGUUAUGGCAAAACAUGUAUAAGGAUAGGAAUUGACAACAGUAUCCUUGCACUGCAGUAACAGCUCCAACAGAUCAAAUAAUUUAUCACAGAGAGGCACUUUUCCUUAAGAAUGAAUUUUUUGUCCACGGUCUGUGCACUACCAGCCUCUUGCUGCUACUUCUUAUUGUAGCCGUGAAAGCUGAAUCAGACAAAUACAGGAUUGGAGGAAAGCUGUUUGAAUAUCAGAACUACCAUAUAUUCCCAUUGAACACCACCAGUCUGCUGGUGAAAACUAUAGUGAUAGCUGUUUAGUUUACACAGAUGGGUGAAACUGAAUGUUUUGCAUAGAAGAGAAGGUCCACAAGGUAGUGAUCAUGUACUUCAGGAAUUAAUCAGGAACGUAAUGGAAACUGAUUAGAUAUAGGGAGCUAUAUUUUUGUCUGAUUUACACUGGUGUAACUGCAUUGUUGUCAGUGAACUUGCAGUGCUGUCACUCAAAGGAGAAUUUGACACUAGACAUUGCUCUUGAAGAGAAUAUAAAGAAAGCCAAUUAGUGCUAAUUCGAGGUUACACCUGUGGAGGCAAUGAUUAAUAAACAAUUAUAGUAAGGAUUAGCAAGAGUUGACAGUAUGGUUGGCACUAUACUCAAAACAAAUAUCAAGGCUUGAAGGGUUUCAAUUCAGGAAAACACCUGAGGAACAUGUGUUGAACUUUAAGCAUGUGCUGAACUUCCAUCUACUUCAAUGGGAUUUAAGCAUGUGCUUAACUUUAACCACUUGCUUAAGUGCUGUCUGGAACAGAGAUGCUUUCUUGAUUCAAGGCCCAAAAGAGAGACAAGUACAAUAGCUUAGAUUGGGACAAUAUCCUUACAAAGAAUAGUCAGACAGAAUCCUACAAAGUUAUGGCAAGCUCCUGAAUAUAUAGGGAGAAAAAUAAGAUACACAUAUUUACAUGACAUACAGAGUAAACCAGAUGGCUGGUUUGCAUAUCAAUGACACAAAUAGAAAAGUUGGCCAGAGCCAGCCAGCCACUUGCAGUUUUUUUCUGAAGAGAAUGAAACAGGUUGUUUUUUUAAAGAAAAGAAUAGAGAUAUUACAGGGGAAAAAAUUGUAUUUCAGGGAGUGAUACUUCAAGGAUAGGCAAGCACUAGUUAAAAUGUUCAUUUUUCUUUAAAUAGGCACUGAUGGAACUUGGUAAUUUUACAGGUGUCAGAUGUCCAGAUCACAGUUUAUAUUGACUGUCAGAAGAAAAUCUGCCUAUUUUGCAAAAAAAAUUAGUUUAAGAAUUUCCGUCAUGAAUUAUGGCACUUCAUGUUGAACUCUUGAUCAUUUUGGCUUGUCUAAAAUGGAUGUUUGAAUGCUACCAAUGUCUGGAAAAUCUGUGUAGUCUGAGCAGUGCUACCACCAGUGGAGAAAAUCCCUGGAAUGUCUUCAGAAUCUUCCUCUAAAUGGUAUGUUCUCUGUGCUAUUCUUGGACCGUGUUCCUUAACUUUGGAGGCAGUAGCCUGACAUGCUGUGGCAUUAUUGUAGCUCAGGAUUCUGUGCUAAUAACUUAAUUAGAUGAAAUGAUCAGAAAAUGUAUACAUGUUGGCAGUGCUUUAGUUUCAGUUCCAGUUCAAUUUCCUUCUUCAUUUUCAACACCACCUUGUAAUCUAAACUAAUGCUGGGCAUGAGCGCUUCUUUUCUCUAGACUUUUAUGAUAACAGUUUCUUGCCAUUCCAUCUGAUAACCUACUAAAGCAAAACUUUAACUGCUCAUAGGUUUUAUUUCUUAAGAGACUUUGCAGAAACAACAAAUGUGUGGGCUUUCAAAUGGGUAAUGGAAAAAUCCAGUGCCUACCUAUUUCAUCUGAUCCAGCUGCAGGGAAACCCCCUAUCUGCAUCUUAAUGAAGCUGGAAGAGAAGAUAUCCUACCAUCAGAUCAGACUAGAGCCUCCAACACAGCUGUGUUCCAGCUGCUGACAGUGCUAGAGAUUCCUUGGUAUGAAAUCAGUUAUCUGGGUAUAGGGAGUUUGUUAGAUUAAAAAAGGGUUCGUGUAAUAUUUGUUGUUAAAUGAUCAGUUUUAAAGCGUAAUUUUAGAUUAUUUGCUUGGAAACAUUCCAAUGAGAGUGGAUAACAAAUGCUUUCAGAGGAACAGUUGUGCUACUGGAGUUUUAUAUUACAGCAUCCAAUUGCAUUGCUGUACCACAGCUGGCUUUAAGACGAAACAGAAACAAGAUGAUUUUAAGCGAGCGAGAUAAGGAAAUGUACUUUUAAACUGAUGAUUAGCCAUAGCUAUUUUUUCUUUCUUUUGUAAAUUUUCUGAUUUCAAUAAUCCUUGAUAUUUAAUGAUGUUUUGUGUCAAACGUGAUCUCACAUCAAAACUGAUACACGAAUACCGAUUACUGAAACAAUGGUCCAUUAGACACAAUCAUUGUUCUAACUUUUCUAACAGUGUGUUCACUUACUGUAAGACAUCACCUAUACAGCCUCCACUCGGAGUUCCCUUAGUUAGUAAACUGGACACCUUCCUACACUGUGUUUGUCAGAAAGUAAUUUCAUAUACCAGUCCCAUUUAUUAUUAAUAAAAAAAUAAAUUUAC